UUGGGGCAUUAUGUCCAGUGAGAAGUAGCUCAGGUGUAGCGUUGAUGCUUUGACUUCAUGAACUUCAAACACUUGCCACACCAGGAUGUCCAAGCAUAUGGACACUCUGCUGAAAGGCAGAGAUGACAAGCUGAACAGCAUCAGCAAGGCCAUCACCUCUGCUGAGACGCCUGUGAAGGAGAAACAUGCACGACGAAUCAUCCUGGGGACUCACACCGAGAAGGGAGCCUUCACCUUUUGGUCCUAUGCUCUGGGCUUCCCUCUGGCCAGCAGCUCCAUCCUCAGCUGGAAGUUCUGCCAUGUACUGCACAAAAUCCUGCGGGAUGGACACCGCAAUGUUCUACAAGACUGCAUGAGGCAUCACAGUUCUCUAGUUGAAAUUGGGAAAAUGUGGAGCAACCUCCAUGACAAAUACGGACAGCUGGUGGCUCUGUAUACCAAGCUGCUCUGCACAAAAAUGGAGUUUCAUAUGAAGCAUUCAGAAAUCCUACCGAACUUGGAGGCCACAGAUGAAGUCUUGGAGCGCACUGCAGGAACGGACGUUAAUAAUGUGUUCCAGCUCACAGUUGAGGUGUUUGAUUACUUGGACGCAGAGCUGAGGCUGGCUGAGACAGUGAUCCGACAGCUCAACACAUCCAUCGCCAUUUCCACUCUCACAUCAGGCCAGUGUAGGCUGGCCCCACUCAUCCAAGUCAUCCAGGACUGUAGUCACCUCUACCACUUCACCGUCAAGCUGCUGUUCAAGCUGCAUGCCUGUCUCCCCGCUGACACUUUACAAGGUCACCGUGAUCGUUUUCAUGACCAGUUCCACAGUCUUAAGACCUUCUUCAAUAAAGCCAGAGACAUGCUGUACUUCAAGAGACUGAUCCAGAUUCCCAAGCUGCCUGAUUCCCCACCAAACUUCCUGCAUGCAGCCUCACUGGCCAAGCACGUAAAGCCAGUGGUGGUCAUCCCUGAUGAGUAUGAACCAGAGCCCCCGGAAGACGAUGAUGACGAUCCAGAGCCGCUCAUCGAUAUCAGCGUAGGCAACCCCAUACAGGCACAGCCACCGCAACUGGACAUAUUUGAUCGGACGUUUGGACCUCCAAAUGGAGGCCUUGAUGACAGAGAUCUUCAGAUUGAGAAACUCCAGCGGGACCUGGAGAUGUUGAGAGCAGAACUGGAGAGAGUCAAAGAGGAGGCUCAGCGUUACAUCACACAGCUGAAGUCCCAAAUCAAUAGUUUAGAGGCAGAACUAGAAGAACAGCGUGCACAGAAACAACAUGCCCUUGUGGAAAAUGAACAACUGCGCAUGGAGCUGGAAGCUACGCGUCGCCGAAACGCAGAACAUGAGAGCUCACAGGCCUUCUUCAUUGAAGCAGAAAAAAGAGCGCAGGCCACUGAGCAGCGGUACAAUAAGAUGAAGGAGAAGCACACAGAGCUGGUGGCCAGCCAUGCUGAACUACUUCGGAAGAGUGCAGACACUGUAAAGAUGCUAUCAGCAACCCAGCAGACCCAGGAAGAAGUGGAGAGGACCAAACAGCAACUGUCGUUUGAGGUUGAUCGAAUAAAACAGGAAGCCGACAUGAAGCUGGAAGAGCAGAAGUUUGAAAUUGAGAAGCUGAAGAGGCAGCUGGAGGAGAAGAUGGCAGAAAUGAUGCGUAUCAAGGGGACUCUGCAGAGCAGCGAGAAGACGACGGAGCAAAUGAACAGCUCAGUGACUGCUCUGCAUGCCGAGAAGGAGCGUCUGAUGCGAUCUGUAAGUGAGAAGGAGGCGGAGCUGUCGUCUCUGCGGCAGGCUGCGCAGGUGCAGCAGUCGUCACUUCAGCAGGAGCGAGAGAGGAACAGCAGGGAGCUGGGAGAGCUGCAGGGAAAACUGCAGGAGAAGUCAAGUCAGGAGGAGCAGCUGAAGCAGAAGCUUCUGGAGGAGCAGUUUGCUCUGCUGCAGGGCACUGUCACAGAGGCGGAGAACAUCAUCCAAGAUGCUGUUGCUAAGCUGGAUGAUCCCCUUCAUAUACGCUGCACCAGCUCUCCGGAUUACCUCAUAAGUCGGGCGGAGGCCACAUUGGGCUCCGUAGACAAAGUGAAAAAGGGCCAUGCAGAUUAUCUGUAUAAUAUGAGGGAUGCUGGAGGGCUGCUGAGGGCUCUGACCCAGUUCUCCCACUUGGCUGCGGAUACAAUCAUCAACGGCAGCGCCACUGCACACAUGGCACCUACUGACCAUGCAGACCGACUGACAGAGAACUGCAGAGGCUGUGCCACUCAGAGUCUGCAGUUCUUCAAGGACCUGAAGUCCAAGACCUCCCUCCAGAGGGCGGACCCGGCUUCCAUUCGCUUAAUUGUUCAAAAGAUCCUGCACCUGGGCGAGGAGCUGCGGCCAAAAGGCAUGGACAUUCGUCAGGAUGAGCUAGGAGAUCUGGUCGAAAAGGAAAUGGCUGCAACUUCCGCAGCUAUUGAGGAGGCAGUCCGCAGGAUAGAUGAAAUGAUGAAUCAGGCACGAAAGGACACAUCAGGAAUUAAACUGGAAGUCAAUGAAAGAAUCCUCAACAGCUGCACAGACCUGAUGAAGGCCAUCCGCAUGCUCAUCAUAGCAUCCACAGACUUGCAGAAGGAGAUUGUCGAGAGUGGGAAGGGCGCUGCAACCAUUAAGGAGUUCUACGUCAGAAACUCUCGCUGGACUGAGGGACUGAUCUCUGCUGCCAAGGCUGUGGGAUGGGGAGCCACCGAGAUGGUGGAGUCUGCUGAUAAGGUGGUACUGCACACAGGCAAAUAUGAAGAGUUGAUUGUCUGCUCCCACGAGAUUGCUGCUAGCACAGCACAGCUGGUGGCUGCCUCGAAGGUUAAGGCAGACCGCAACAGUAAGAAGCUGUCAGUUCUCCAGCAGGCUUCUCGCCACGUGAAUGAAAUGGCAGCGAAUGUGGUUGGCUCAACGAGGACGGGCCAGGAGCACCUGGAGGAAAAAGAAACCAUGGACUUCUCUGGGAUGUCCCUCAUCAAGUUGAGAAAAGAGGAAAUGGAGUCACAGGUGAAGCUGCUGGAAUUAGAAAGUCAGUUGGAGAACGAGCGUCUGCGAUUGGGCGAGCUGAGGAAGAAGCACUACGACUUGGCGGGAGUUCCUUUAGAGCAGGUUUCUGAGGGGAACGGUGAAACCUCCAUGCUGGCCAAUCCUGUUACCAUGUCACCAAAACCCAGCAAGCCUGCUCUUUUGAAGAAACCUGCGUUGGCCCAGAAACCCAACGUAUACUUAAAAACCACGUUUAAGUAAAGCCUGAGCAGAAGAGGAAAAUUCUCCACUAAUGGAUGGUUGGAUUGACCAGAGAAAGAUCCUCUUGUUGUUAACAUAUGGUUCCUUUUAAGUUGCAUGCUGACAAUCCUCUGCCUCAUCCUGCAUCUCAUUGUUUUCCUUUUUGUCUUUUUCUUUUUGCCAAAAUUGAUCAGAAGCCAGAUUUUUGACCCUCAAUGCCUAUAAGAGAUAUGCUGUCUUUGCCCUAAGUUUUUUUUUUUUUAAGCUAUAGAUGCAUGCAAUCCUGGUAGAACCCUUUUUUUAUUUUAGUAUUUGGCAUCAAGAACAAAAAAGGUUCAUAUGUUUUUAGACUGUGUGAAAGUAUUUUUUUCUGCAUCCCAAUUUUUUUUUUUAGAUUAAGUACUGCUGCUUUUAGAAUACAAACCCUGAUCACCGCAAAUCGACAGCAUAUCUUGUAUUGUAUGUUAAUAGUUGGUUUUCAUUAUGCUUUGGACAACCUUUUUGCACACUAUUUUGGACAUUCCUUACAGAGAACAUCACAUUUUUGUUAAUGUGCACUACUAUAUGUUAUUUAUGUUGUGGUGGGUGGUAAAGGACACUGGGGAAUCACAUUUUGUGCAUCCAUGUUGCUGCAAACGUUUUGCAUAAAUCGAACAAGGCUUUGCCUUUUAUGAUGGCCAGUGUUCCUCUUAUGUGGAAAACAGCUUUCUGUCUCAACAGUAAAAGAUUGUUUCAGAGGCCUUGGAAUGUACUGUACUAAUGCAUUGGAUCAUACCUGUAAAUACAUACAGUCUGUUUAGGAGUGUGUCACUCACACCAAGUAUAUUUCAUAUCUACACUCAUCUCUUGAAUGUCCCUUUAUUAGGUGAGAACUUGGAUGUUAUGGUAGAGCAUAUAGACUUGAUGCUUGCGCAAAAAUAUCAAAUGUAGGCGUCUUUAAUUGUCAAAUGAAUCUUUUUGACUGAAGGAAGAUUUAGGGGUAAGUUAAUGUACAAUAGGAAGGUCAAGGUUCAAGUUCUCUUUGCCUAUGGGAGCUUUUCAUACAGGGUCUUAAAAUGCAUCUUUUUAUGUUCUGUCCUUUCUUCUGUACGAAAUGUCUUUAUACACUCAGAUCUAUUAAUAUAUUUUAGUUAAGAUAAUAGUAGUUUCUCCUUGUAAGAAGUGUAAAUGUCAAACAAAUGAACAAUAAAUGUUUGAAUAUCC